UUUACCAUUUUUUAUUUUAUUUUUUUUUUACCACACCGAUCGGAGGAACUGUUGAAUACUCCAAGGCAAAACCGCUUCUGACAUGCACUUUGAUAAAUCGCCGAAGGAGAAGCCGUGUUGCACUCUGCCCACAGUGAAGAAACUCUUGGAGCAGAAAAGGAAGCGUGAAACGUCAUCGGUGCCACCAUCCUGUUCAGCAGCCAGCACGAGUCCUGUUCCUCCCACCACCAUAACACAUCUGUCAUCAUUGGAACCGUUUACCUGCACAGGUGCUUCAAACAGCUACUCAGACAUGGCAGUGAGCUUUGAGCCGUGGACCACUGCACCUGAACCUUCAUUCAGUUAUUACCUGAACCAACCAGGACCCAGCUAUGCUUACAAUCUUCCAAUGACACCAGACUAUGGCACACAGCCGCAAACGUUUGGAGAUGCAAUAUCCCACACUUAUCAGGAGUGCCCGUUGACAGUCCCAGAUCCCAGUUUGGGUUCAUCUUGGCCACUUCUGGACAGUCAGACCACACAGAUGACUUUUGGAACUCCUCUGGAUGCUGCCAAGCUGAAAGAAGCCAGGAUGCUGCUGAGUGGAAUGGACUACAGCAGAGCUAUCGGGCAGGACGAAGAUGGAGAUACCAUCCUGCACAUCUACACUGCCAAGGGUCUCAGGGAGUGUGCCUACGCUGCUGCAGAGAAGCUGAGGGAUUUAGGGAAGCUUGAUGCCAAAGAACACAAGGGAAAGACUGCUUUAUUGGUGGCGGUGACGGCAAACCAUCCAGAGAUUGUGCAAGACCUGCUGUCAUUAGGAGCAGACAUCAACGCCUGUGAUAUUAAGGGACAAACCGCUCUUCAUCUGGCCGCCCACUACGGUUUCCCAGGGGUUCUCCAGGAGAUUCUGUCCAGUCGACCUGCUGUGAACUUGGAAGCACGGAAUUUUGAAGGCAUGACAGCGCUUCACUGUGGAGCCAUUUCUCACAGCAUCACCAUGAAGGCGUUAUCUUCAAGUGGCCUGGCCGACGUCAGCCUUCAGACCAAGGCUGCAGACAAGCUCUCCUGUGUGCAGAUGCUUCUCAGUGCAGGGUCGUCUCUGCUCAGCCAGGAAAUCAAAAGUAACAAGACUGUGCUGCACUUGGCUGUAAAGGAGGGGAAUAUUGAUUUGGUUCGUUAUCUGCUGAAGAUUCCCCUGGCUAACAUGAAAGAGUUUGUCAAUAUGAAAGCUCAUGGCCACACAGCUUUACACAUGGCAGCUGGUCUCCAUGGUAACCCCCACCAGGAAGAGAUCCUGCAGCUGCUGCUGAGCAAAGGAGCUGAUCCCAGUAUCCGCAACCUGGAAAAUGACCAACCAGCUCACCUCUUGCAGAGCGACCUCCACGGGGAACAGCUCAAGCUCAUGCUGAAGAAACGAAACGCUUCAUCUCGUCGGCGUGUGAUGUCCUUGCUGGACCAAGAAUGACUUAAAUCAGUUGUAAUCCCCAUUUAACGGGAAUGAGCCUCAAACAUGUUUCCUCUAUUGAGAAGGGGAUUUUAUUACUGUGGCAUUUUAGGGAGUUCCUGGUCUAUAGGUUGACAGUUAGUUUGGCAUAGUCGUUUCUCAAUAUAAUUCACAUUGGAUUACACAAACAAUGCUUUAAUCCAUGAAGCUUCAAUUAUUCGUACCUCAAUGUCUGUAUACAGAGCUUUAUUUAUUGCUCUAUGUAGAGACAUGAAUUAUUUAUCCACUAUUAGAUCUUCUCAACAAGCGUAUGGUGUUGAUGAUGAAUUGGCACAUUUAGGACUUUGACAAAUAUGAAGAAUUUUCUGUAUUUAUUUAUUUUUGUCAAAUUGUAUAUUUUUCAUGUUGAAAUGAAAAAAAAACAACCAUGGCAUUAAUUAUAUUUAAUUCAAAAGGUAAUAUAGGCUAAAUGAUUAGACAUUUGAUACAAAGGUAUAGAUUGUGCUUUAUAAGGUGCAGUAGUGUUCAUUUUCCUUAGCGACUACACUCCCUGUUUUAUGUUGAUUUCUGUGAAAUCGUUAGUAUGACAUUCAGUACAUUGUCCCUGAAACCCCUGUUAUUCCCUUGUCAAAACCCCAUCAUGAUGACUGAACAUGACUGAUGGUCUUUGUUUCAGUCAGAAUAUGAGUGCACAUUAAAAAUGUGUGUGUUUGAAAAUGAGAACUAUGUUAUAGCUUAACUUUGUCGUAUGCAUCAUACUUUUGUAAUAACAAGUGAAAUCCUCAGUGGACUGGUGUGUGGAAAAAGAAACAACUGCUAUGUAUUUGAAACUGAAUAUGACGAAGAAUGUUCACAAACACGAGUAAGAACGGUGACAAACUGUCUGACUGUACAUUUUAGCCGUGAGUCAUGAGUAAAAGUACAAAAACACUGAUUUUAAAGUUCAUUGAGAUUGUUUUGAUGUAUUGAGAACAAUCUUUGAUCAAUCCCAUUCACAGGAGAAUGGAAAAUACCUGCCAUCCAUUUACAAGACAUACAGAUGGAGUUUAUUUUUCAAGCCCAAUUUCCACCGACCUGUAUUGCCUUAACAAAAAUAACAUUUAGUCACAUGAAUUUAUAUUUGCUUGAGUGAUUCAUCAUGUUUGCACUGUCAGAUUAUGAUUUUAUAAAGUUGUGUGUGAAGAAGAAAACAAUACAAGUACAUCAAGGAAACAUUUUUUCAAUUUAAAUUCUUAAUACCUUGACAUUUAUAAAAGAUGAAUUUAGAAAUGAAAAUGGUGCUGCACAGACAGUGUUUAUAUUUGGAACAGAAAAAUCAUUCAUGAAUCACACAGAGAGAACCUCUUUUAAUAAAGCCCAAAACAAAUACACUUUCUUUGUACUUCAUUCAUAUUUUAUUUUAAAAUAAUACAUUGAGAAUUGUAACUGAAUUUUCAUUAAGGUUUUAUGCUGCCUGUUUCAAUGAAGAA